AUGGACACAUAAUCAAGCACAGGACUUAGACAUUUGUCAAUAAAGGUCAAGGAAAUCGUGUUUGAAUUGAGAUCAACUUCCUAUAAAGAUGUGGCAGAGAGAUUAAUUUAGGAGUUAAGUAAGGAAGAAGGCAGAUUACUAGAUUAUGAUAAUUCUAAAGAUGAGUAAAACAUUAAGCGUAGAGUUUAUGAUGCUUUGAAUGUGAUGAUAGCAUCCAAAGUAUUAAGAAAAGAAGGUAAAAAAGUCAAAUCAGAUGUUUGUUCCGAACUGUCUGGAAAGAUUAAACUUUAAGACAGAGAUGCUCAAAGAGAAAAGCUGAUGAUAAAAUAAAAGAUCGUCUAAGGAAAAAAGAAGCAUUUAUCAGAUCUCAUUAAAAAAUGGAAAACGGCCACUUCUUUAAUAGAAAGAAAUAAAAACAUAGAAAAAUAAUCAUAACAAUCAUUCUAUUUUCCAUUAAUAAUAUUUUAUGCAGAUCAGAAACAUCCUAAAUUUCUCAAAGAUAAAAAAACAUUAAAAAUUUAGAUGAAAAAUAAAAUUGAAAUUCUUUCAGAUCUUGACAUUGCAAAACAAUUGUUUCUUGAAACUGUUGACAAUGAUAAAAUAUAAGAAGAAUGCUUAAAAUUGUAAUGA